AUUUUAAUACACGUGGCUUGUUGUUGUGAUAGGGGAACAGUAAGAACUGUGUGUAUGGUACUGUAGGCAAGUCUAUUCCAAAACUAAAACUCCUUUGUAACGAUUGUUCCCAUCCCUUCCAACCUUCUUCACGUUCCUUCUCCUAAAACCCUAAAAAUGGCGUCUCUGCAACUCCGAAGAAUCUUACUCCGAUCCGUUCGUUUUCGUUCCAUAUCUUCCAUUUCUUCAUCUCCAAUCCAACCACCACAUCAUCCUCCUCACAUAAACCCUUCCAAUUUUUCAUCACAUUUCCACAACCGAGCCCUUUUCACUCCACCUUCACUCUUCCAAAUCGAACACUUCUCAUCGGAAUCCAAACCCGAACCCGUUUCUACAACUGAACCCGAUCCGAUUGCCAUUGCAAUCUCAUCGGAGCUUCUCAAAGAACCAGACUCCGAUCCAUCCUCUGUCACUCAGCGCCUCAAUCUCAGCUUCUCACACAUUACACCAACGCCCAAUUUGAUUCUCGAGACCCUAAAUCUAUCACUUGAAGCUGGUAGAAACGUUUUAGGGUUUCAUCAAUGGCUUGCAUCCAAUCCCAAAUUCACACACACCGACGAAACUUUAUCUUACUUUGUCGACUAUUUCGGUCGCCGGAAAGAUUUCAAGGCAACGGACAAAAUUCUCUCCGGCGGUGGUGGGGGGCAAAAAACGUUAUUAUCAGCGGUUGACAGGCUUGUUCGGGCGGGUCGGCAGAGCCAGGCGGUUCAAUUUUUUGAGCGAAUGGAGAAGGAUUAUGGGUUGAAACGGGAUCGGAGUUCAAUGAAGGUGGUUGUGGAGAAGCUUUGUUUGAAGGGUUAUGCUAGUUAUGCUGAGAAGAUGACGACGGAUUUAGCUAAGGAAUUUUUUCCUGAUGAAGAAAUUUGUGAUUUGCUGGUUGCUGGUUAUUGCAUUGAUGGGAAGAUUGAAGAAGCGCGUAGACUUGCUGGAGAAAUGUAUCGUGGAGGGUUUGAGCUUGGUGUGAGAGCUUAUAAUGCUAUGCUUGAUUGUGUUUGUAAAAUGUGUCGCGAAAAGGAUCCAUUUCAGCUUCAUUCGGAGUCUAAGAAAGUGCUUGUGGAAAUGGAUUCUCAUGGGGUUCCAAGGAAUCUGGAGACAUUCAAUGUGUUGAUAACUAAUUUUUGUAAGAUUAGGAAAACUAAUGAUGCUCUGGGGUUGUUCAAUUUUAUGAGACAAUGGAGAUGUAAUCCCAAUGAAACUACUUUUCUUGUUUUGAUUAAGAGUCUUUAUCAGGCUGCAAGGUUGGAAGAAGGAGAUGCAAUGAUUGAUGGAAUGAAAUCGGCUGGGUACGGUGCUUUUCUUGAUAAGAAAGCUUAUUUUGAUUUUCUUACCAUUUUGUGUGGCAUUGAGAGGAUUAAUCAUGCUUUGAAGAUUUUUACUAUGAUGAAGGCUGAUGGAUGUGAACCUGGUGUUAAGACUUAUGACUUGUUGAUGAAGAAACUAGGUGCGCAUGAUCGUGUUGAUAAGGCUAAUGCUCUAUUCAAUGAAGCUCGUAGUAGAGGAUUGGAUGUGACUCUAAAAGAGCAUGUUGUUGACCCAAGAUUCUCAAAGAAGAAGGAGAAGAAGGCUGUUAAGGCUGAGAAGAAGAGGGAAACUUUGCCUGAGAAAAUGGCUAGGAAGAGAAGACGCUUGAAACAGAUUCGACUAAGUUUUGUGAAAAAGCCCAAAAAGAGCAGAUUCGGCUGAGUUUUGUGAAGAAGCCCAAAUGAAGGAUGGGUUGAUGAUCUCAGUUUUUCACUUAGAAAUAGACUUAUCUGUUUGAAUAUUGUUUUCAUUUUGUCAUGAUUAGUUUUACUCUUGCCUUGUGCUUAGAUGGUAAAGUAAUUUAAGAAUGAAAAUAACUUGUUGAGUGAUUUAAAUGCCAAACAUCCUAGUAUUUUGAUCUGGGUAUUUCUGGAACCUGAACCAAUAUUUUAAAAUAACACAUGAUUGCUCUUUAAUCAAA